ACCUGCAACUCGCAUACCUCUUGCACGAUGGCUGACGACGGGCUUUCAAUCUACGACGAGAUCGAGAUCGAAGACAUGACCUUCGACGAAGCUCUCCAGAUCUACCACUAUCCGUGCCCUUGUGGCGAUCGCUUUCAGAUCGCCCUCGACGACCUGCGUGACGAGCAGGACAUUGCCGUGUGCCCCAGCUGCAGUCUGAUGAUUCGAGUCAUUUUUGAUCUGACGACUUGCCCAAGCCUCCUCCUACCGGCAACUCUGGCAGCCAGAUCCCCGUUGCCGCUUAAGUCGCCAGAUACAGUCUUCC